UCUUCUCAGAUACAUUUCAUGUCGUAAGGAGAAAAAGAGAUCGGAAGAAAGAGAGCACUGAGCACCAAGGUUACAUGGAUCCUAGAAAAAUUUCUGAAAAUGUUGGUCAUGGGAUGAGAUUUCGUACAAAUCCUGAACGUGGUUCUCGAAGAGGAGGCUAUACUCGACUGCUUGCCUGGUAAUGCAGGCGUCAAUCGAGAGUUUUCGUGUUGUGAGGGAUAACAGAGUUAAUCAAAAUGCCAAUAAAGAUAUGAAGCCUCCUUUGUCACAAUGCUCAACUUCUUUAAAUGAACAAGUGCCCAAGAAUGUUCCUGAAAACGGUUCGACUGGAACUCCAAACAAUCAGAGACCCUUUGGUUCUCAAAGUUCAUCUCAAACUUCUAGCACACCAUCCAGUUCACAUGCCAGGCAAUCCCGAGAUGCAAAUUCAGGUGGUGUUUCUAGGAAAGAAUAUCAGAGGAAAAGCGGAAUUUUAUUCCUAAUGCUGCUUUGCAGUCACAGGCAGUGAAACCCAAUACCUUUCAAGCAAAUUCUGGCACUCAAUCAUCGAGCAGUUCAAUUUGUUGGGGUUUAUUCGUCAUCUACGGAUCCUGUCCAUGUGCCUUCUCCUGAUUCCAGAUCAUCUGGUGCCGUUGGAACCAUCAAGCGUGAAGUUGGGGCUGGUGGUGUUUGCCAUCCUCCUCCUGAAGAUGCUGGCAAAGAUUCAUCUGGAACAAAUACUCUUUCCAAUUCACUUGUAGAGAGGGACACUUCAUCAAAGGCAUUUCAACCUUUUCCUGCAAUUUCCAGAGCAGAUCGGGAGGUCCGGGUAGUCAUAGUAGUGCAGCUGAAUCUGCCAUAUCUGGUAUUUCUGGAAGCAGGUCAUUUGUGAGCAUCCGUAUGGAGCAGGCAACAUCAACAGGUUUUAGUUCAUCAAAAAGGUAC